AAACCAUUUGCUGAUCAAUCACAUAAUACACUUCUAAUUUUAAAAAUUUUAGAUGGACAUCGUCCAAUUAUCACCAUCGAUACUCCCGAAUGUUUCAAAAAAUUAAUGGCUCAAUGUUGGAGUAAUAAUCCUCUUAACCGACCAAACAUUAACCAAGUAUAUCAAACUUUAUGCGAGUGGAAAAACUCUGAAAAUGUGCAAUUUGAAGAAGCUGAAUCAAUUAGAAAAACGAUCAUCCGAUAUAGCGCAGAUAAAAAAACAAAUAUGGAUUUUAUACAUACAGAAGCUAUAUAUACGAGUCGUUUACUAACUAAUAUGAUUCGAGAGUCCGCUUUGUACAAACAAACUUGUAUUUAUUCUG